AUGUCUAAUAAAUACUAUUUGUUACACAUUACAUUUUUGCUCUUCGUGUGCUUUGCACGGAGUCAAUCUUUGACUGAAGACACUACUGAUUAUACUACAGUGGUUGAACCAACAAAUAGCAAUCCAUCAAUAGACCAAUCAACUGCUGGAGAAGCAUCAACAUCCGAACCAAAUAGUAAUGAUAUAACAACAGUCCAAUCAACUACUGGAGAAGCAUCAACAUCCGAACCAAAUAGUAAUGAUAUAACAACAGUAGAAUCGAUUUCUAGUAGUUUAUCCACCCUAUUGACGCCAUUUUCUUCAUUUGAUUCUACAACUAAUUUAGUAGCAACAACUACUGAUAAAAUAGAAAAUUCUAUUGUAGCUUCCGCAUCCACGAUCGAUUCAAGUACGGCUCAUUCUUUUACAAUAAAUCCAAAUAUUACUGAUGCACCAACAACUGCUGAUUUAUCAAGCAUAAGUUCAAUGAUGUCACAUACAUCAAUAACUUCUACUAGCAUUCCGUUCAUAGGAAUAAAUCUUAAUGAAACUUAUAGUUAUGAAGUCGAAAGUCCAUCUCCUCUAGAGACCAGAAUCGUUAAUAGAACCGAUGUUAAAGAGAGUGUGCAGAGCAUGGUUCAUGCUUCAUUUAACUUAACUGAUUUCAACAUCACAGUAACAAAAAUUGAAAUUGCAUCAAGAACGAAAAAUGCUAAACAGAAUAAUGGGAUAUACGAUAUGCUUGUUGAUAUUUGGUUUAGAAGUAAUCGUAAUAAUUGCAAUCUAGCCUGUAUAGAUAAUGCUGCAACGUCAACACCACUGAUCGAAAUUUUACUACCAGGUCUAAAUAAUACUUCAGUGCGCUUUAAUUAUACAUUUAAACGACCAGUUAGAAUCCCUAAUCCAACAAUAAAUGUUCCAAAGGGUGGACCUUCUCCAGGUGUUCCAGCACAAUUAGGUAUGGGUUUAGGUAUAUCAUUCUUUGGUGUUAUACUUAUAGCAGAAACAAUCUUACUUUAUCGAAUAACUAGUUAA